UUCUAUGAUUUUUUAUAAAGUUAUUGUGUAGCAAAAGCAAAUAACUUUAUAAUAUAAAAUGGACAUAUUUUCAUGUACCCCUGAGAUGUGGAUAGAAGACGAGGACAACCUUUCAAAGUUACUUGAAGAUCAUAAAGUUAUGGAUAAAAUUCCGCUAUUAAAUGUGAAUGAACUUCAUCAUCUCAAAGAUACAACCCUGGUGAGAUUCCGAGGAAUGGUUCAAGAUAUGCACAGCCCCGAAUAUUAUCUAGAGAAAUUUGAAAUUAUCAAUUUAACGACUAGUGAAAAAUCAGUUAAAAGUGGUAAAUAUCACGAUGGUGCCGUGUCUAGCGAAGAUGAGACCAUAGAUUUUAACAGCGAUAAGAAUGUAACUGCUGAAAGAGAAACUUAUGUAGUCAUAUCGGUACCUGGUAUAAAUGAUUGGGUUCAAGUAAUAGAAGAAGAGAAAUAUAAAAUUUCUUCUGACACUUCGGUGACUAAUAAACAAGCCAAACGGUCUCACGAAGAAAUGGAAACUGAUGAUAUAGACAAAGAAAAACCAUCGACUAGCACAGAGGAUGUACCGAAAAAAAGUUGUACUGAAAAUAGCAUUGACACUAAUCCCAAGACGCAAACUUUAUCGAAAGAGUAUAUUUUAAAUUUUCCGUUACCCACCCGAACCGGCAAAGCAUGCCAUUUGAAAGUCUACCGGGAUACAAGUGAACUGAAGUUGAACGAUGUUUAUGAAUUUGUUGGUUUUCUUGCUAUUGAUCCCAUAACAGAAGCAAUGUAUCAAGAAAGUUGUGAAACUGACAACAAAAUGGAGAUGGAAGUACUUCAUCCUCCUUCGUCUUUAGUUCCAAGAAUACAUUGUGUUAGUUUUAAAAAAUUAAAACACAACAAUCCAUUAUUAAACACUAAAGAGGAUGAGUUAGAUGUUAACAGAAUUAAUUUUAUCCGAAAAGAACUGUUGAUAGUUUUAACACAAUUAUUAUUAGGUGACGAGUUGGCCGCAGAAUAUUUAAUUUGUCAUUUAAUAUCCGAAAUUUAUCUGCGUAGAGAUCUUAUGCCUCUCGGAAAGUUCUCAUUGAACCUUUCCAAUGUUCCAAUGUUUGAAAAUCUAGACUUCGCUGUGGAAUUAUACAAAUUUAUUGAAAACUUUAUUCCUAAAAGUCAUUACCUACCCAUGACUCUGGAAAAUAUGAACGAUCUUUGCUUCAUUCCGAAGAAAGACUAUGAGUGUAAUCGCUUAACGUCCGGCAUUCUCCAGUUAAGUCCUAACACACAUUUAGUCUUGGACGAGACGAAAUUAAGGGCCGGAAAGCUUAAUUCGGCGGGUGUCAACAGUGUCAAAGCCAUCGCCAGGGCUGUAAAGAAUCAGAAAGUAACUUACGACUUUAACUACUAUCCUCUGGAAUUUGACUGUGAUAUUCCAUUUCUCAUAUUGUCGGAAGGCAAGUCUUUGAUAAAUGUGGACGUUCAUGUUGUGCUAAAACCGGAGAAAAUUUGUUUGGAAACGUUUGCGGAAAUUAUUGUGGCUGCGAGGCACUUUUUAAAACCAGAACUGUUAAAUGACAUUAGAAAAUUUCUCACGUUGGCAAGGCUAGCUAAGUAUGAGAUAUCCGAAAAUGUUGAGGAAUUGGUGCAGAACGAAUUCGUUAAUAUGCGGCAAAGGGGAGGUGCCACUGCGGACGAUUUGCACAGCCUUUUAGUCUUGGCACGGUUGCUGUGUAUAUCGGAAGGAAAGAGUAAGCUCGACGAAGAGUGUUGGAAAAAGGCGUGCAAAUUGGAAGAGCAACGAAAAGCAAGAAUCACGCGAUAAUCCACUUUUUGAUACAUUUUUUAAAUUAUUUUUUAUUGUUUUAUAUGUAAAUACCAAUAAAUAUUUUGCGUAA